GCCACAAAUAGUCCCGCCAUAAAAAAAAAACAGAUAAGAGAUAGUUAAGGAGAUAACGUAACGUAGCUAGUGAAAGCAAAGCCGCCCACAAAAAAAUAAAAAUAACAAUGGCUUCGCUCUCAAUAGGAAUCGCCUUUGCUAACACCGUCCGUACAAUCCCGAGAUUUAAUACAAGAAGGGGCAAAAUCUCCUGCGAAUGGGAUCCGAAAGGUAUCUUAGGUCCUGCUCAAACUGGUCAUAUCGCUCGCCUUGAGUUCAAACGCAGGCUAGAGAGAGACUCCGAGGCUAAAGAGGCUUUUCAGAAACAACUCCGUGAAGAGAGAGAGCGUCGUCAAGCUCUUAGAGAGUCUAGAGUUGUACCAGACACUUCCGCUGAGCUCAUUGAGUUCUUUCUUGAUACGGAAGCUCAGGAGAUUGAGUUUGAAAUCGCUAGGCUUCGUGGAAGGUUAAAUGACGAGUUUUUUGCGCAAAUUCGACUUGAAAUCGGGCAAAUCCGGUUUGCGGUUACAAAAACCGCGGAAGAUGAAGACAGAUUGAUUGAGCUUGAAUCACUUCAAAAAGCCUUAGAAGAAGGAAUAGAGGCUUAUGACAAAAUGCAAAAGGAGCUUAUGACCGCUACAAAUAGCUUAACCAAGAUAUUAACCUCAACCGACAUAAAAGCAACAUUGUUGGAUAUGGUGGAGAAAAACGAGAUCAACAGGUCUUUGUUGACACUUCUUGAUGAAAACAUAGCAAAUGCAUACAGAGGAAACCAGCUUUUCAUCUUUGCAGAAAGAAGCAGGAGAUUACAUGGAGAAGGUGCGUGCUUCAGUUCUAAAGUACUUGACGGUGUAGAAUCAUAUGAGUGAUGAGUCUUCAAAGAUUUCUCAAUCUUUGAAAUGUUUACUAUGCUCGGGUAAAAUGUAUUUAUAUUUAUUUUGUUGAGUAAAAUGUAUUUCUUUUUUCCCGAACGAAUGAUUAUGUCUUUAAGGUCAUAUUUUCUAAAUUUUCACAUUUUAACA